GAGGCUCGACAAGCGUUUGCAGCGUAUUUACAACAGAGAGGGUGGUCUGUAGAAGUGUGCCCGACCGAGGCGGAUCUCAAAAUUGCGCAAGACUGUUUGCCCGGAGACGUUGUCCUAUCGCGAGACAGUGAUAUGCUCCUUUACCAACACAUUUCGAUCAUCUGGCGACCAAUAUCAAGAGGACGCAUCCUUGCGUACAACGUCCCCGAUGUCCUGACUACUCUUGGAAUCAACAGGACGCAACUCAUAGUCUUGGGUGUGGUCUCAUCGAACGACUACAACGCCAACGUUCCUUCAUUGGGAUGUGUAACGAAUUUCAGUAUCAUUAAGCAGUUAAAGGGAGAGGCUGAGAUGGUGCAAGAGUACCUGUCGAACAGUCGUGUCAUUCUCAAAAACGACAAGAAAUUGACCUUUGCGACCUCUCUACAGGUGUUUGUGCACCAUAAGCAGACACCAUUGCAGCAUGUGCAGCAAGCUCAGUCCCACCAGAUGCUGCAAUACGAGGAACUUUGGUCUACGUUUCGCCGUCUGCAAAUAGAAUGCAUUGACAAUGGGAAAGAACGGCGCGAUAACAUUCAAGCCAGGAAACGGUAAAAAAUUUUACUCCUGUAGUCUUCAUUCUUCUGCCUUCGCUUGAAUGCGUCCAUUACUAACUCUAGUCUACGUACUAUGGCAAUGCAUCUAGUGAGACGCAUGAUAAUGAAUCCCAAAGGCACAAGUCUUCACAAACAUUCAACCGCUACCGCACAAUUGAUCGACCUGAACAU